AUGACCCGGGGCCGGAGCGGGGCCGGGCCGGCCGGGGCAGCGCUCGGGCCGGGGGGGCCGGGCCGGGGCGCGGGGCCGCCUCCCUCCCUCCGCCCUGCCCAGCCCUCCGCGCAUCCUCCGGCACCGCCGAGCCGCGCCGAGCCGCGCCGGGCCGGGCCGGGGGUCCGAGCCGAGCCCAGUCGGUGGGGCCGAGCCGUGCCGAGCGGGAGGAUGAGGGGCGUCCUCUGCUUCUGCACCCUGAUCCUCCUGGAAGGUAUGGCAGCAGCUGUCGGCUCGAGCAGGGACUGCCUGCAGGCGGGCGAGGCCUGCACCACCGACCCCGUGUGCAGCGCCAAGUUCCGCACGCUGCGCCAGUGCAUCGCGGGCAACGGCGCCAACAAGCUGGGCCCCGACGCCAAGAGCCAGUGCCGCAGCACCGUGAGCGCCCUGCUCUCCAGCCAGCUCUACGGCUGCAAGUGCAAGCGCGGCAUGAAGAAGGAGAAGCACUGCUUGAGUGUCUACUGGAGCAUCCACCACACGCUGAUGGAAGGCAUGAACGUCCUGGAGAGCUCCCCUUAUGAGCCAUUCAUCAGGGGCUUUGACUAUGUCCGGCUGGCGUCCAUCACUGCAGGGUCCGAGAACGAGGUGACGCAGGUGAACCGGUGUCUGGAUGCCGCCAAAGCCUGCAACGUGGAUGAGAUGUGCCAGCGGCUGAGGACGGAGUACGUCUCCCUCUGCAUCCGUCGCCUGGCCCGGGCUGACACCUGCAACCGCUCCAAGUGCCACAAGGCCCUGCGCAAGUUCUUCGACCGCGUGCCCCCGGAGUACACCCAUGAGCUGCUCUUCUGCCCCUGCGAGGACACCGCCUGCGCCGAGCGCCGCCGCCAGACCAUCGUGCCCGCCUGCUCCUACGAGUCCAAGGACAAGCCCAACUGCCUGGCGCCUCUGGAUGCCUGCCGGGAAAACUACGUCUGCAGGUCGCGCUACGCAGAGUUCCAGUUCAACUGCCAGCCGUCACCGCAGGCGGCCAGCGGCUGCCGCAGGGACAGCUACGCCGCCUGUCUGCUGGCCUACACCGGCAUCAUCGGCAGCCCCAUCACCCCCAACUACAUUGACAACUCAACCUCCAGCAUCGCUCCCUGGUGCACCUGCAACGCCAGCGGGAACCGGCAGGACGAGUGCGAGAGCUUCCUGCACCUCUUCACCAACAACGUCUGUCUCCAAAAUGCCAUUCAGGCCUUUGGCAAUGGGACUCACCUGAACACAGCCGUGGGCCCGUCCGUCCCCCCCACCACACAGAUGUACAAGCAGGAGAGAAAUGCCAACAGAGCUGUGGCGACCCUCAGAGAGAACAGCUUGGAGCACCUCCAGCCCACCAAGGUGGCUGGAGAGGAGAGGCUCCUGCGUGGCUCCACUCGUUUGUCCUCAGGGACCUCCAGCCCAGCAGCCCCUCCCUGCUGGGCAGCCUCUCUGCUGCAGAUGUGGCUUCUCCUCGCCCCUGCUGUGCUGAGCCUCCCUGUGAUGUGAGACAGGGCUGGCACACACCAGGCAGAGACUCGAGUUGUGUUGGUUUCUUUACUGAACAACCAGACCAGUAACUUUUUCAGGAGGAGAGCAGGGAGAAGAGAGGGGAAGGGAAGGCAAGCUGAGUGUUUGAGCAUCCCUUCCUCCUCCUCAUCUGCCUGCCAGUUUAUUUGAUUUUAUAUGAUCAGCAUUGUUGACAACCAGCUCAUUCUUGGUCCUGGCCACCUUUCCACACCACAGCUUGGUUGUUGUUUCUCCAGCUCUCCAUGGUUAGGGCUGAAGCCAUGGACAAUUCCCUUGGAAAAGAUGAAGGAGAGAUUUGAUCCAAGAGAGCUGCAAAGGAAAUGCUUCUUCCUGCCCCAGCCAACAGGGGAAAGACUUUUGAUGGAUGGAUGACCUGUCAGGAGGUUUCCUGAAGCCCACACUGAGGGGCCCUUGAUAGGACACGUGGAGUUCAGACUGUCUGCAUGGUUGCUCAGGACCUGAAGGACAACACACCUGGUUCCUUCAGGCUGAAGAAACCAGAAAACUGGUGGGAAGGUGGUUGGUUUUGUUCACUGGAGAGGAACCUGAAGCACCUCUGGGGAGGACCAAGUAACCACACUCUGAACUGACUGGCAGGGAUUAUCCGCCCUCUCAAAACCAUGGCCAGAGUGCAACCAGCAUCCACAUCCCAGCUGUCACCUCCCCUCGGGCCCUCCUUCUUACGGGAACCUGUGUCCUGUAUCGACGGUAUUCAGGAAGAAACACGUGUGUUGCAUUUUGUUUAUGGCUGAAUUUUUUGUGUCCCAACCCAAACAUCUCUAUCCACUGGUCCUGCUCAGUGUUUUGGGGCAUUUUUGUCACAUCCAAACAACCAGAGGCCAAUAUUGUCCCACUCCAGGCUACCCUUUCUCUGUCAGGGCCAGUGUGUGAGCCCAUGGGCAGUGUUUGAUGUGAGCCUAACACAUCCCACUCUCACCUGCUACUUGUUCAUCCACUGGUCUCAUAGGCACAGGGUCUCCAGCCAAGGUAUUUUGUUCAUUUUCCUGGGAAGAGAUAGGAUGGGAGAGGUUUGCUAGAAACCACCCUGAAGGCAGAAAUACCCAGCCAAGAAACACCACGUCAUGAAUUAUAUCAUGGAUUGCUACAGAUUCCCCUCCCUGAAAAACUGACAGAGGCAACCACCUGUGUCCAGGUGAGCAGGUCACGGGGUUUGCCUCUGGCCAGUUUCUGUUUUUUCAGUGCAAGUGUCAUUUAAGCAAGGGCUGCUGAAGUGACCCUCUCUUCCUAGCCAGAGCCCAGGGGAGGAAAGUGAGGAUCAUUGUCCCUCCAGUAUCUUGGGGCACAGGGAGGCAGGUCUGUGACCCUGGACUACCUGAGCAUCCCAGGGUCUUUCCUCGAGGAGGAGAGCUGAGGAGUCCCAGUGCCCUCUUGCGGGACUGAGCCCCUUUACUAAAGCCAGGAUGGAAGAUGUAAGGAAGAGUGAGGUUUCCCAGGAUAAAUGCUUACCCAGGCUGAGUGCCAUGGGAGGAAGAGCAAUAGCUCCAGAAUCCCCCUGAGUGUAUUUAGGCCUGGCCUUUGCAGGAGUCCAUUUAUUCCUUGGUUUGUGCUCCUCCAAUAAAUACCAUUAAUUCCUUGGCAUUUGAAUGAAUGGAAAGGCUUAGGAAGCAUCAGACACAGCAAAGUCCAUUGCUUUUUAUUCCCAUUUCCUGCAAAACCUCUCCCAUUGUUUAUUGCUUCAGAUUUUCUGAGAAACUGCAGCAAUUUCCUUGGCUUUUGUUCCAACAAGAAACCACUCUGGCUUUCAGCUGAACACCUGUGGAUGUGUCUGACAUGAACAGAAAUCCUCCUGCUGCAUCCUGUCCAAAGUGCUGCUCCCUGAGGCCCUCAGGGCUGUAGCACCCGGGUUUCCUGAUCCAGGGCUGUGCACGGAACCCACCGAGUUCCAAGGCUUGUGUGCAGGGUGAGGAGUCACAGCCUGGGCUAAAAGCUGUGUGUGAGAACUUGGUGACCAAGGGGCUCACUCCAACCAGGCAAGGGGACAGGAGGGAGAGCUGCAGGCAGGAAAGCCCUUUCAAAGUGACUCCACACAUGCACAGAGCUGCUGUGAACAUCUCCCCUUUGUCCAGGACAGCAGUGUCCCUGAGAGCAAGUGACCCAAAGCUUGAGUCCUCGGAGCUGCAGGUGAAGAGGGAUGAAACCCUGACUGCUCAGCCCUUCAAAGGCAAGGAACUACCUCAGCACCACGGGGUCAUGCUGGGAAUUGCAUUCUUCUGCCCCUUUCCUUUCCAGUCCCGCAGCCAUGCUCUGCUUUUCACACAUCUGGCCCCAUCUAACCACCAGCUUUCAGUUGUGCACAGGGUGGGGACACAAGUGUCAGCUGCUUUCCAGGAGCACCCACGCCUGUGUCUCUCAUAUGUCAGUGUCAGUGAUGCUGAAGUGCCACUUGGCCAUUUCCUUCUCAUUCAGCAGAGAAAGAGUUUUUCUGGGUGGCCAGCAUGCCUGGCAGCCCCACCUCACCUCUCCCUUCAGACUGGUAUGCUGUAGAAAGAGGUGUGGAGAAUCCUGCUCAAGGACUGGAUGGGAUGGAGGAGACCUCCAGAGGUUACCUCAUCCCAGCACCAUGUCCCACAUCAGCCCCUGCUUUAAGGAUUUCAGUGCAACAUCAUCAUCUCCCCUGGAUUUAUAUCAUGGGGUCAUGAAAUGAGUCAGGUGGGACCUUACAGCUCAUCUCCUUCCAGCCCCUGCCAUGAGCAGGGACACUUCCAUCAGACCAGGCUUCCCAAGCCCCAUCCAGCCUGGCCUUGGACACUGCCAGAGCUGUCUUGCUUCAAAGGCUCUGCAGAUGUGAGUUGUCUCAGGCAUCAGAGCCCAGCCAGAUCCUCAGUUCCCGUGUCCCGUCCUCCAAGCCCUGUCCCAGGCCAGGUUCUGCCCUCCUGGGGGUUCCUUGGGUUCAGGAAUGCUUUGGGAUGAAAUGGAUGAGGCACAGGGCAAGGAGCCUCUCAUCCACAGGAAAGAGCUGGGGAGUGGGAAUUAACAAAAAAAAAUUAUCCCAAAACUUUCAUGGCUUUAUUCUGAUUAUUUUACUAUUUUCACCAGUAUUUAAUGUUGAUUCUCCCUCCAAGCCCGUUCAUGAAUCAAACUUUGCAAAAAAUUAUGACUUUUGAACCUUUCUUUUGGAGGAAGCAAACAUGAUUACUCUCUUCCCACCCACCAACAUGUGUGCACAGACCACUGCUUUUUCCUUGUGAAAAGUCAGUAAUUUUUUUGGAUGAAAUUCCACCUCUGCUGAUUUCUGUGAAGUGAACUAUGGAUCUUCAUUUUUAAGUCUCUUGAUUAACCACAGAAGUCAUAGCAGCUGCUUGGAAAGGCAAAAGACUGAGCAAGCCAAGACACAGAAAGAGAGACAAUUUUUUUUUAGGAAUUGCUCCAUUCCUGACAACUUCCAUAAGCACAAAGAAUCAUGGGAAAAAGAAAGGGAAAAAUCACAUUUAAAGAACCAGCCAGACUUUCUGCAGGCACUGAACUGUAAUUUUUUGGCUGCACAGCACUAUUCCCAGUGACUGGCAGCCCUGAGAGCCUGUGAAAUUUUGUGUAUGUACUUAUACCUGUCAUGUCACAUCAUGUCCAGCAUUGUCCAGGUGGGAGCAGGAGCUGGGAGGGAGACCCAGGGCUGGGAGAUGGUGCUGGAGCAGGAACCCCAUGUGCGCCCCUGCUCGAGGGGAGGGUGGUGGGUGCCAGCCCAAACUGGGGCCAAACUUGUACUUACCUUUUCUGUACAUGUCAAUAUUCAAACAUAUCCAUGAAUAAAGCACACACGCAUUUUCCUGA